GCCACCGCCGCGGGUGGCGGAGUCUCCAGCGGCGCCAACUCUCCCUCCGUCCCGUCAUGUCUUUCGGUCGCCCUCCUUCAGUGAACCUUGGAUUCAAGCCCAAUCCGCCUGACCGUGGCUCAUUCCCGCUCGACCACUAUGGCGAGUGCAAGGACUACAUGACGGCUUACAUGGGCUGCCUGAAGACCAACAAGAAUGACUCGACGCCGUGCAGGCCGUUGAGCAAGAACUACCUGGACUGCAGGAUGCGCAAGGGCCUUAUGGAGAAGGAUGAAUGGCAGAAUCUGGGGUUCAAGGCGGACCCCGGGAAGGAGCAGCCUGCUGCAAGUACCGAGUCAACAGAGAGCGGCCUUGCAUCACCAUCGAAAUAAGAAGUUAUUGCCUGACACCCCCACUCA